GAAGCUAAUCAAUAAAGUUAUCAAGAUGCAUUGUUUACAAACUUAAGAGCAAAAACACGGAAGGUAGUUUGAAUAUUCCGUGUUUUAAAAUGUUAUACGUAUUUCAAUUCAUUUUAUAUUCCUCCUUGAGACUGAGGAGUUAAUAUUUUAUGACAUUUGUAAUUUAUUCCUUCACUGAUCGUUAUUUAUUAUGCUAAAUCGUUUCAAAUUCAACAUGAGAUUACUCUGCAUAUUUCUUUUCGUAGUUCUGCUUCUUGCCGUUGUACUUAGCUUCAAAUAUCUUGCUGAUGCAUUGGAAAAUUCAAAAUUAAAUCCUAGAGAUGAUUUUCACUUUGAAAUGCUGAAUCAGAAAGUAGAAAAUCUAGCAGCACAAGUCAACAGACUUCAAAUGAUUACUUCUAAAUCUUACCCAAAAGUAAAAUCAUUAGGAUUCAAUGAAAGAAAAAGAAUAUUAAUUACUGGUGGAGCUGGUUUUGUUGGUAGUCAUCUUGUUGACCGUUUGAUGUCUGCAGGCCAUGAAGUUACUGUUGUAGAUAAUUUUUAUACUGGUUCGAAGAGAAAUAUUGAGCACUGGAUCGGACAUGAAAAUUUUGAAUUAAUUAGACAUGACAUUGUUAACAGUUUAUAUGUUGAAGUGGAUCAGAUUUAUCACCUUGCUUCCCCUGCCUCCCCACCUCACUACAUGCUGAAUCCUGUGAAGACAAUUAAAACAAACACAAUUGGUACUAAUAAUUUAUUAGGUUUAGCUAGAAGAGUUGGAGCUAGAAUAUUAGUUGCCUCCACUUCUGAAGUGUAUGGUGAUCCAGAGAUCCAUCCCCAAACAGAAGAUUAUUGGGGGAAUGUAAAUCCAAUUGGUCCUCGUUCAUGCUAUGAUGAAGGAAAAAGAGUUGCCGAGGCUUUGAGUUAUGCAUAUGCCAAACAAGAAAAUGUUGAAGUCAGAGUAGCUCGAAUCUUCAAUACUUAUGGACCAAGAAUGCACAUCAAAGAUGGGAGAGUAGUUUCAAAUUUUAUUCAACAAGGUCUGCAAAAUCAUUCAAUAACUAUUUAUGGAUCAGGCAAACAAACACGUUCAUUUCAAUAUAUUAGUGAUUUAAUAGAUGGUUUAGUUUUGCUAAUGAAUAGCAAUUAUUCCAGUCCUAUAAAUAUUGGAAAUCCUGAAGAAUAUACUAUUGAGCAACUAGCCACUGUUAUAAAAGACAUUGUCGGUGGAUCUAGCCCCAUAGUCAAACAGACAGGAAUCCAAGAUGAUCCUCGAAGAAGAAAGCCAGAUAUAAAGAGGGCUAAACUCUAUCUUGGUUGGAGUCCUAAAGUUCCACUGAAUGUUGGUUUAAGAAAAACUGUUGAGUAUUUUGAAAGAGAAUUAGUAAAAGAAAAUGCCAAAGAUAUAGGAUUUUAAAAAUUACUCAUAUUUCAUUGCAUUGUUAUUACCAUUAUCAUCUCAUCUAAAUAAUCUAUUGAUGUUACAAAUGUAUUAUAGAAGAUUUAUCAUUGCUUAGAUCAUUUUGUUGAAAAUGAUGUUCUUUGAUGUUUCUAAACAUACACGAAGUUGUGACACCUUGUAUUCUUAUAUAUUUUCAAGAUUGAAGCAUAUUUUGAAGCUUCUAAGAGCUUAUGUCAAUGUCAUGUAAAUAAAUAAGUCCUGAAUUUUGCCACCAUUAAAAUUUGUUUGGAUAUAAA